AUGGUAAAUGUGAAGAGAACUGGUCAUAGAUUAAAAUUUUUGAGAUCAUAUUAUACUUCAAUAUAUCCUUCUUUGUUAAAAUAUCGUUGGUAUAUUUUCCUAUUAUUAUUUCUUAUAUUUCUCACUCGAUUUCAAUAUAUUGAUAUUGUUUCUCCUUUGAAAUUACCUUUGGUGUUGAUCAAUGCAGUUUAUUCACGGCUUACAAAUCUAAUACACACACAAGAGGAACUUACAACAACUCCUGUUCCUGAAGUUGUGAUUGAUGUGAAACAUCGAAUUCUUCCAUACAAACUUGCACUAAGAGCUGACGAUAGACCAUUUGUUGAGCCUGAUCAUGCACAAGACAAGUUACUCAAAGAUCUACAACUCUUUGAAACAUGUAAACGAGAUCCAUCGACUAUUAUUGUUGAUGUUGGUGCUCAUCUAGGUGAUUUUGGUCUUUACGCAGCUGCAUGUGGUUGUACUGUUUAUAUGUUUGAACCAAGACCGCACAGGGUUACUCUUCUUCGUUCAUCAAUUCAGCAUAAUUCAUUUCCAACAUCUCGUGUUCAUCUUUUUCAUAAAAGCGUUAGUGAUUGUCCAUCAAAUUCUACUGUAAAUUACCCAGUUGGAGAUAUUGCACCAGGUGUGAUGGAUGAUAAUCCUAUUGUAGUAGAAACUAUUCGACUUGAUGAUGUUGCAUGGUCAGCUUUGUCAAUCUUCAUACUUAAAAUUGAUGCUGAAGGAUCGGAAUCAAAAGUUAUUGAUUCAGCAAAAAAAUUGUUUGCUAAAAAACGUAUUCGUCAUUUAAUCUUUAACUUUUAUCCAUGGGGAACUACGGAAGUUUCACAAAGUAAAUUAUUGCCACAUUUAAAAGAUGAAUUAAAAGCAAAAUCUAUCUACUGUUUUUAUCGAGGAGAUAAUGAUAUGUAUGGGCCUCUUCGUCUACGAGAUAUCAAAGUAUUUCAUAAACAACAUUCGAAUAUAAAUAUUGCAAUCAGUCUCUUCGCUACUUUUGAUGAACAAAUAACGCAAUCUUCUAUCCAAUCGAAACGAUAUCAAUCAAAUAAACAUGUAGCAUAA